GAAAAUCAUUUGACAACGCUAGUUUGCGAUAUGAGAGAACUAUGGCUUCCUCCUUGAUUAAGUGGUUAAGAGGAUUAUAUGUUUUUUUCUUAACAUGUCUCCUGUCCGUCCUUGCUUUUUUGAAUUUAGAAGAAUUAAAUGAAAUGAAAUAUGGGAUACAGAUUCUGCCCGAUCCUGUUAUUAUGGGACAGAUGGAAGAUGUGAUGUUGGUCUCUAACAAAUACAAGCAGCUGUAUGAGUGUCGUUUGCCAGCUCAGGCAAUGCGUUUCCAUCAGGACCCGGUGUCAGAACCUGAUGUUCAAGGCUACAGUGGCCUAGGAGUCCCUGAUCUCCUCAAGCCCAUGCAAACCGCACCAUGCCUGGUUAAGACCAAAGACUGGUGGACUUACGAGUUCUGCUAUGGCCAGCACAUCAGGCAAUACCACUUAGAAGAUUCUGAGAUCAAGGGAGAUGUGCUCUUUUUGGGAUAUUAUGAUUCUGAGUUUGACUGGACCAAUGAAACUGCCAAGGCAUCUAAGCAGCAUAAGCUGAAGAGGUAUCAUAGUCAGUCAUAUGUCAAUGGCUCUAAAUGUGACUUGAACGGGAAUCCCAGAGAGACAGAAGUCAGAUUUGUGUGCGAAGAGGGCUCUAGUGACUAUAUCGCAAGGGUCGAUGAACCUCAGUCCUGCCGCUACGUCUUAACAGUACACACCUCUCGCACAUGCCAGCAUCCCCUCCUGCGCCCACCUUCCACUGCCAAACCACAAGGCAUUGUGUGCCAACCUGCUCUCAGUGCCCAGCAGUAUAUGGACUAUGUCAAUGCUCAAGUCUCUGACACUAAACGUAAAGUGGAGCAGAUCUCGGAGGAGCUCAAGAACCUGGAUGAAAUUCUGUCCAAGGAUGACAAGAACAAGGGAUUGCAGGACGACAAAACCGAUGAGGAACCUGUUGUCCAUUCAGAUGAGCCUCCACUUUCAGAGUCAGAAACAAAAGAGGAUGAAGUAGCUGAGGGGGGCCUAGUGAGAGAAGAGCCAGAGGACAAGGACUUCUGGGAGGGAGUUACCAAACCAGCAAGCACAGAGUCAAGCACUGACUCAGAGGAGCCUCAGGACAGCCAAUUACAUGAAAAUGACAUAUUUGGAGAGGAAAAAUUUAAUUUUAAAAUCAUCACAGACCCUGCAGACCUCAUGAAAUUUGUACAACAUCUCAGAGAGAGCAACCAAAAAAACAGGAAAGCUGAGCUGGAAAAAGAGAUCCAGCAGUCAUCUCAGAAAAAAGAGGAGCAGGAGGAGGAGAAAAGAGAGGAGAGGGCAGCAGGAAGGGAGGUGGAGGAAGAGGAAGGGGAUGAGGAUGAAACAUUGCUGCAGGAAUUUGAAGAUGAGAUGGCAGAUCAGUCCGUUCCCUCCUCCAAGAUAGAAGAGAUAAAAGAAGAGAUGCAGAAAGAGUUUGACAACAUCAUAGAGGAAGCUCAGCAGGAGUUAGAGAAUGAAGGUCUUAAGGGCGAGUUUGAUCGCUCUCAGGCUACGCAAACUCUAGAAAACACACUGGGGAAACUUCUGGACCGUCUUGAAGACAAGACUGGACAUGAGAGUCAACUAGAAACAGAAAAAAAUACAGAAAUGCAUAAAAGCACACACACACAGCAUAAGACAGAGGGAGGCCCUUCUGCUGGCAGCCCAAACCUGGUUCCCAAAACACCAGCCCAAGCGGGCAGCAGUGGCGAGCAGGUAAAAGUCAGGGUGACUAAAUAUAAGGUGGGUGGAGGUGUGGCUGCAGGAGCGGUUACCGGGGGCAACGAUGAUGAUGAUGGUGGUGAGGGGGGUGUGAAGGUGAAGGAACUGGGCGAGGGCGACCCCCAGUGGCAGCAGAUUCAGGAAGUGGUCAAAGAGCAGCUAGAGAGAGCCGGCAUCAAGGCCGAAGGAAAGAUUGAGGUGAAGAUUUUAACCCGUAAAACAGCAGAGGAAGCAGGAGACCAGUGGCUCACUGAGGAGGAUACAAAAUCAUUUAGAGAGCUUCUCAUCAACCUUCUGACGGGAGGUACAGAAGAAGUAUACAAAGAGCAGAAGAGACAGCAAGAUUUGGAGAAUAACUACAAAUUUGUCUGGGGAGAAAAACAGGAAGAGAACCAGUCCACAGGAAACAGUGAUUCUGAUGAAACAGACUUUUGACUCUUUUCCUCUUCUCUCAAGCAGUUAACCUGAAGAAGGGCAUCCAGCGUUCUCUGAACUAUAAACUGCCUGGUCGUCACAUGCAUCAAAACCAAACUGCUCUCUUAGACCAUUUAAGUCAUUUGAACCCUGUGAGGGAUUCAGUCCACUGCCGUGAAUUCCUAUUUUCCUGAAUGGGCAUCUGUGAGUGGUUUAUAUUCUUGCCUGAUUUCAAUCUUGGAAUUAUUUUUUUUUUAACAAAUAUACAAAUAUACACAUUUCAUUUGUGUUGUGCUUUAUGUCUGUGUGUGACACAGACCAUUCUCCUCUCUCACAUGCAGACAAACCAUCAGUUAGUAUGCAUGUCAAAGUUUGUUUUGCAAAGACAGUCUGAACCAACAUGUUCUCAUCCUUGGACAAACAGUGAUUUUGUUUGUCUUGGUUGCUCUUGAAAGUCAGAAAAUCUGGAUUCAGUACAGUAUGGCGGUGGAGCUUGAUGCAGAUUGAAUGAAUGAUGAGUCACUGUAAUGCAAAUUGAAGCAGUGUCCUACCAGUGUUUUCUUCUGGCGCUUAAUUCAUAUGUUGUGUUUUGUUUUUAAUAUUGUUGGCCACUGGUUCACAACUGUGGCAAACAUCUACAGCUAUUCAACCAAUCCUGAGCCUGGCCCUGCCCUAAGCAAAUUAUUCAGUGUACUGCUUCAGUUUGGUCUUAAUUCUUAGUUUAGAACUUGGGACAAAAACUGUUGCCAAACAUUGGGAAUCUACUGCAUUUAGCCACUGCUUCCAUGUUGCCAGCAGACAAGGGCUGUCUUUGUUGUAAAUGUUUUGAAUGAUCAUCAUACUUUGGUCGAUUGUAAAUAAUGUUGCUACAGCAUUUGAUUUGUUUAUUGAUAAUUUAAGGCAUACUUUCAAUUUAAAGCUUCUGUAAGCAAUUAAGUAAAAAAAAAAAACAUGCCACUGAAAUAUGUCUUGAGACAUCACACUGUCUCUGUGAGAGCCCCUGUGGUUGGCAAACAGUAAAUUAAAGUAGAAGAAAAAAUCUGACGGCGGCCCAAUCAGAGAACCUAGUAGCGGAUCUCUGUUAGUGGUGUAUGUUUGGGGCGGAACUACUUGUUUGUCCAAACAAUUGGACGCUCAGAAAAAUCACUUACAGUAGCUUUGGGUUUUUAAAGGUCACCCCAGCAAACACAACGUUCCCCUACCGUUAGUUUUUGGUUCCCUUUUUUUUUUUUACCCAAAUACUACAUUCUGGGAACCAAAAAUUGUUAGCUGGGCCACAAGAUACGAGAUUUUUGUACUACUAAAGAAAAGUUUAAUCUCAGAAACCUGUUGAAAAUACAUUGCAAAUUCUUGUGUGAAAGAUGACUGAACAAUAAAAUGUACGAUAUGC